ACUCCAUCCACGCCUUUUCCCUCCAUUUUCAGGCGUUAUAUAUAUAUAUAUAUAUAUUCUACCUUCUCUGUAACUGCUUUCGCUUUGAUUCUCUUAUCUUAUUUUGAAAGCUACCUUUUGAUGCCUCUUCCAUUAUAAAGGCCCAAAAUAUUAUUGCCUUCCACUUCAACACCCUCACACCAAUCUCUCUUUCCCCCUCUCUGCUGAUGGCACAGUUCUGGUGUCUCGCUUUGGCUACUAGUUUGCUCGUUCUCCCUGUAAUUUCCGGUGCUUAUUCUGAAACAAGGCAAACUUUUAUUGUCAGAGUCCAAACCGACUUGAAACCCUUGGUGUUUUCCAAUGUCGAGAAGUGGUACAGUUCCACCCUUGGAAGCCUCAGUUCGUUGCCGAUAGAUUCUCAAAGAGGGAAAGAGAGCAACUUCAUUCAUGUAUACAAGACAGUUUUCAGCGGUUUCUCUGCGAGACUGACCAGAAAGCAAGCCCAAGAAUUGGCCGGACGGCCAGAAGUUCUCGGGGUGUUACCGGACCGAGUUCGUCACGUUCAGACGACUCGGUCGCCGGAAUUCCUCGGACUCGGCCAGCACAACCCUGGCGGCCUAUUAAUCGACUCCGAUUCAGGCUCCAACGUCAUCAUCGGAGUCCUCGACACCGGCAUAUUCCCAGAAAGGCCUAGUUUCCACGACGAAGGCCUCGGGCCGGUCCCUUCUCAUUGGAAGGGAGAGUGCACCGAAGGAGAGAAAUUUACGAAAGCAAACUGCAACAAAAAGAUUAUCGGCGCCAGGUAUUUUAUUAAUGGGUAUAAAGCCAGUAUGGGGCCGAUGAACACCACCACUGAUAUCAAGUCUGCAAGAGACAUCGAAGGCCACGGCACUCAUACGGCGUCCACCGCCGCAGGGAGAAAAGUGGCCAAUGCCUCCCUCUUCGGCCUCGCAAGCGGCGUUGCGAUGGGAAUUGCAUCAAAAGCGAGAAUCGCUGCCUACAAGAUAUGCUGGAAGAAAGGGUGCUUAGACUCGGACAUACUCGCCGGCUUCGACAAAGCCGUGGAAGACGGCGUCAACGUCAUCUCCCUCUCAGUCGGCGCCGGCUCUGGCCUUCCCUAUGACGAAGACCCAAUAGCUAUCGCUUCGUUCGCCGCGACGGAGAGGGGAAUCUUCGUCUCGGCAUCCGCCGGUAACAACGGCGCUGAAAUGUCCGUCACCAACGUAGCUCCGUGGAUUACAACCGUCGGCGCUAGCACAAUUGACAGGAAGUUCGCCGCCAAUCUUUUGUUGGAAGACGGCACGAUCAUCACCGGAUCGUCACUAUUCACCGAUAAACCAUUGCCUAAAAAGACUUACUUUCCCCUGGUUUACGCCGCAAAUGCCUCCAAGGACAACAACAUCAUAGACUUCCCUUCUCCGGCUAGCACGUGCCGGCCUGGCUCCCUGGACGAGAAUCUCAUACGUGGCAAGAUCGUCGUAUGUGACAGAGGCGGUGUACCGCGUGUUCUGAAGGGAGCGGCUGUGAAGGCAGCCGGCGGCGUCGGUGUGAUCGUCGAAAACUUGGCCGCAAACGGGGAGGGCUUAAUCGCCGACGCCCACAUCCUGCCGGGCCUGGCCGUUACCGCUUCAGCCGGUAACAAAGUUCGUGCCUACAUCAGCUCCUCCAAGAACCCGAGAGCCACCAUGGUUUUUGGUGGGACCCGGGUCGGGGUUAAACCCGCCCCUAUAGUGGCCUCGUUCUCCUCGAGAGGGCCCAGUUCCGAAUCACUAUACGUGCUGAAACCCGAUGUCAUCGCGCCAGGUGUCAACAUCCUAGCGGCCUGGCCUGAUACGGUGUCACCCUCAACACUACCGUCCGACCGAAGGCGCACUGAGUUCAAUAUAAUCUCGGGUACAUCGAUGUCUUGCCCGCACGUGUCAGGCGUGGCAGCCUUGCUCAAAGGGGCCCACCUCGACUGGUCACCGGCGAUGAUCCGUUCCGCUCUCAUGACCACCGCCUACACCAUUGAUUCCGUCGGGAGGCCGUUGCUGGACGAGACGAACAACGAGAUUGCAGACGUCUGGGCCACCGGUGCGGGACACGUGGCCCCCCAAAAAGCCGUCGACCCCGGCUUAGUUUAUGAUCUGACGGCGGACGAUUACCUGGACUUUCUCUGCGCAUCGGGCUACAGCGUCGGAGAAAUAAAGCACAUCGCGGAUAAAUCAGUGAGCUGCAAGGAGAAGAAGCAGUAUAGGCCGUGGGAACUGAACUACCCGGCAAUCUCUGUUGUUUUUGAGAACUCAUCGCAGGUUGCGAUGACGAGAACGGUGACCCACGUCGUAGACUCGGCGGCGACCUACAGCGUAAGAGUUUCGCCGCCGAGAGACGUGAAGGUCAAGGUGGAGCCCUCGAAACUGGAUUUCAAGGAGAAGGGCGAAAAGAAGACUUACACAGUGCGUAUUUCUUCGGGAAAUAAGCCGCCGCCGGGAGGCCGCUCGCUGCAACUUGAGUCGGGCAAGCUGACGUGGACUGACGGAAAACACCGGGUCUCUUCGCCGAUUACGGUGGUGUGGCUGGCCCCGAUGUAGAAGACUUUGCGCGGGACAUAAUAUAUUGGAGAUAACUGUGAAUAUUUUCCAGUAUUGUGUGUGUUACAGAUAGUAACAGGUUAAUGUUUGUUCCUUAAACGGAACGGGGGACUUGCAACGUGGAAGGUCCAUAUCUCAACUGUGACUGUGAGGGGAUAGUUUGUUUAUAAUAAAUUUGUAUGAUUAAGCUAAAUCCCAUCCCAUCCUUAAAUAAAGAUGUUUACCAGAGAGAAUAUAUAUAAAUAUGGAA